AUGCAUGGAUUUUCUGGCGCUGUGCAUCUUGAUCGUGGAGCGAGGCUAGAACGUCUUGCUGCUAUCCAAAAGCUAGAGGGGUUCAUGAUUGAGGAAUGUCACCCAAUGCUGGCAGAAAGUCGGAGACGCCAGGACAAGAGGACAAGGAUUCCACUCCAACGUCAUCCUCCUGAAGCAUCCAUGUAUGGCUGUCUGGCCUGCUUCGGAGAGGCUGAUCUAGUCACCUACCUAAUUAUUUAUGCCCUUUAUAUAACCCCUGUGGCCCCUGUGGUUCAAAAUGCGGAAUACUGA